CUCAGAAAGAGCAGAAAAUAAAUAUCCAUAAUAAUGCCAUCAUCACUAUUAAGCAUAAUUCCCAGUCCUAGCCAUGGUUACGCCUCUGAUCUGUUUGAUAGGUAUGAGGUUCAGACCAUAUCGCGCCUCCUUGACCACUACAUACAAGCUGCCAACCGCAACUCCGCCGGGGAGACCAGUGAUGAUCAUGGAAGGAGGAAGAAUAGCAAGAAGAAGCCGCCGCCAACGCCGCCUGCAGCUAAGGGAUUUUGGCUGCGGAGGUAUGCGGUGGUGUGUGGCUCCGGCACCGCCGACGUGGUCCAAACUGCUGCUGCACGUAUUGGCACCUCCUCAUCGUUACGCUGGCUGCCGCGGCGGUAGAAAUCAACUGCCGGUGGCUGCCCAGGCGGUAGAGAUCAACUGAGAUUAAGAGUAAAAUUACUUAGGGCUGUUUGGCAACUUCUGAAUAGCAAAUGGAUGUUCAUCCGGGACCAAUUUCACGAAGAUAUCGUCUUCGCCACCUACGAAUCAAUUUCUAGAGCAAAUUCCGAAGUAAGUUGCGGACCUUGAUGUACAAAGCUGGUGAGGCCAUGAGCAAAAGCGAAGUUGACCAGUUGCUUCUCCAAAUAGCGUCCAAAAAUCAAUAAGCUUACAACUGGCUUAAUGCUCUUUCAAAACACAUGUGGGCAUUGUCACAUGAUGAAGGUGGCGCAUGUUAUGGUAUAAUGACCACAAAUUCAUAAAAAAGCUUCAAUAAUGUCCUUAAGGGAUGUCCUUGUUUGCCCCUUUAUGCCAUUGUGAAAUUCACCUAUGAUAAAUUGGAAAAACUUUU